AUGGUGACUAAAGGACUCAGCUCUCACUUUCAGGUUUCCCAUACGCUGUCAAUUUCUCCCACAAAUACCGGGUAUCGAUUUGGUGCCACAUACGUUGGCACGAAAGUUGCAGGGCCACAGGAACAGUAUCCAAUCUUUUUAGGAGACACAGAUGUCUCCGGAAACACUACAGCAACAGUAUUACAUCAGUUUGGGGACAAUUAUCGUUUACGUGUACAAGCUCAGGUGCAGCAAAACAAAAUCGUUGGAGCUCAAGGGGGAAUUGAAAGAAGAGGUCGCUUAACCACAUUUGGUCUAACGUUUGCCAAUACUGAUCUCGUCAACGAGAGUGGUGUAAUUGUCGGCCAGAUGUUGCGGAAGUUGACGAACAGACUUGACGUUGGUGCUGAAAUUCUGUAUCAGUACGGAAAACAGAUCCCAGGCCAACAAGUAUCUAUGCUGUCAUAUGGAGCUCGCUAUACUACACCGAUAUGGACGGCCGCAGCUACUCUUGGUUCUUCAGGUGCUCAUUUCACGUAUUAUCACAAGCAAGCUGAGAAUCUCGCAUUCGGUGUAGAAUUUGAGAGCAAUUCCAAUGUUGGAGAGGCAGUUGGCACAUUUGCCUACGUGGCUGAAUUGCCCGACGAAGGCGUGACAAUGAG